CGGAAAGAGAUUAAAGAGAGAUUUUCAGCUGUAAUUCUAAAUUUGUUCAGGUACAAAGCAUGGAAGAUUCUGGUUCUGGAAAUCAAAAUCCUAACCGUAGCCAAAAUAAAUAUCUGAAAAACAAUAGAAGCAGAGGAUAUUUUAACCAGUUUCGCCGAUCACGCGAUACAGAUUAUUCUCAGGAAGCGGUGCUGAACGAUAUUCUUUUGUAAUGUAGAACAAAGUCAAACGUUUGAAGCUGCUGAAAGAAUUAGGGAUUCAAAUCCUUCCCAAAAUCAUUUUCCAAAAUUUUCAGUCCCGUAAUUCUAGUGGGCAGUUUAGGAACAGGAAUAGGUAUAAUCCUCCAAAGUACUUGAAUGACAGAAACAAUUCUGUAAAAAGUAAUGAUAAUAAUGAAAAUAAUACCUAUGAAAAUUCUCAGUAUGAUGGUUGCAGUAACAGUGCAUCUAAUGCUAGUAACUCAAUAUCAUCAGAACGAGGUAAAAUUAUAGGUGGUAGAUACAUAAGAAAACAUUCUAAUAACUUUUCUACACAUUCCUCUCCAUCUGAUCAUUUUAAGCCUCAUUUAGAUCAAACUGCCACAGAAUCUUUUGUUGAAAAAAAAUUUAAUAGUAGAUCUGCAAAGCAAAAAGACUCAUAUGUUCCUCAGAAUUUUAGAAAUUCAUCUUUUGAUAGAAAUGAUUCAGUAUAUUUUAGAUCACAAGGUCAUAGUAGCCAUGGAGAAUUUCAAGAAAAAAUUUUCAAUCUUGAAGAUUCUCCAAUCGCUCAAGGGCAGCCUGAUAAUCCUCAAAACAGUUAUUUAAAUAAUUAUGAAGAUUGUUCUAAAAAGAAGCAUAAUUUUGUCAAAAAUUACAACAAGAAGUUCAGUAAAGUCUCAGAGAAUUCUGAUGAAUUUGGCAGUUCAAGUGUUCAAAGGAAAUACAAUGGACAGAGGUUGCAGGAUUAUAAUCACAAUUAUUCUACUGUAAAUGAAGCAACUUACGGUUCACGUAACUUUCAUAAACAAGAAAAGUUUUAUUCUGAAACCUCCACUAGGUUUCAGAAAAAUCUUAAAAUAUCUUCUGAGAAGAAAUCUAUGCCAAUAAAUGCUACUCAAAGAGAACUGUUGAUGGAACGUUUAAACAAAGGAGAAUGUGAGUGCCUAGUGUGCUGUGAAUAUAUUAGAGUCAAAGAUCAAAUCUGGCACUGUCUAAAUUGCUUUCAUGUUUUUCACCUACGUUGCAUCAGAAAAUGGGCUCGAUCACCAGCAGCUGUUGUUGAAGAUGGGGGCUGGCGUUGUCCAGCAUGUCAGAGUAUAACUACCAAAGUGCCCUAUGAUUAUUUUUGCUUUUGUGGAAAGCACAAAAACCCUGAAGUGGAUUACCAUUUGACACCUCACAGCUGUGGAGAAAUUUGUGGUCGGAAAGGUGCGGAGUGUGACCAUCUUUGCAAAGAAUUGUGUCAUCCAGGUCCCUGCCCACCCUGUAGGGUGAUCGUUCAGAAAGCUUGCCCUUGUGGGAAACUUUCAAAGAAAUCUCCCUGCAGUCAAAGUGCCAACCUUACUUGUCAAAAUGUGUGUGAGAAAAUACUGAAUUGUGGUGCACAUCGAUGCACAAGUUUGUGUCACUCUGGGGUUUGUGAUGAAUGUGAAGCUAAUGUAACUCAGAAAUGUUUUUGUGGAAAAUAUGAACAAUCUGUCCCGUGCACAAUUGACACUGCUUUGUGUUUUGAGUACUGUUGUGGUAAUAUUUGUAAGAAAUUGCUGGAUUGCUCCCUUCAUGAGUGUGAUGCCGUCUGUCAUACUGGCAGUUGUCAGACGUGUCGACUUUCCACCAAGAUUGUUAAGACAUGCAACUGUGGAAAAUCAUCAAUAGCAGACCUCGUCGCGUCUGGAAAGUGCAGCGAAAGAAAAUCUUGCACAGAUCCAAUCCCGAGCUGUGAAGAAAUAUGUGGGAAAGUUUUGCUCUGUGGACCCAAAGACAAUCCUCACUCUUGCCAAUCCCUAUGUCAUGAAGGCGAGUGCCCUCCCUGCGAACUAACCAGUUCGUACAAAUGUCGCUGUGGUGCUUUCACCAAGCAAUUUCCUUGUUCCGAAAUUGGUCCCUCUUUUGUGUUCCUCUGUGAGAAGCGAUGUAGCCGUCGCAAGGACUGUGGCCGUCAUAAAUGUCUAAAUAAUUGUUGUGUAAACACAGAACAUAAAUGUGAGCUUAUUUGCAAUAGAAAGUUAACUUGUGGCUUGCAUCAAUGUCAAGAGACUUGCCACAGUGGAAAUUGUCCCACUUGUUACAAUGUCAGUUUCGAUGAGUUACGGUGCCACUGUGGUGCAUCUGUUCUGUAUCCCCCCAUCCACUGUGGGACCAGACCUCCUGAGUGCUCAGAGCCCUGCAUCCGCAGUCAUCCCUGUGACCACGAGGUGAAACAUUCCUGUCACAGUGAUGAGAAAUGUCCCCCUUGUACUUCUCUUGUCGUGAAAUGGUGCUUUGGGAAGCAUAAGCAAUGUGGUAGUGUAAUGUGCUUCCUCGAUGGUAUAUCUUGCGGAAUGCCGUGUAAUAAGCCAUUGCCAUGUGGAUUUCACAAGUGUCAACUAACUUGCCAUGCUAAUCCAUGUUUGCCAGAAGGUGCAAAGUGCACUCAAUUAUGUUCACUGACGAGAUCAUCCUGCGGUCAUCCUUGUAGUAACCCGUGUCAUAGUGGACCCUGUCCUGAUACUCCUUGUAGAACUCAGGUUCAGUUAACUUGUCCUUGUGGGCAUCGUUCUGAAAAUACUACUUGCCAUGACAGCACAAGGUCCUAUAGGCUGAUGUCCGUUUCUGUGUUAGCAAGCAAAAUGCAAGAAAUCAAAGAUGGGCAGUCGGUGAACCUAAAUGAUGUGUUAGGUAGAAAAACAAAGAAUAGCAAGUUGCAAUGCAGUGAAGAGUGUGCGGUAAUCGAAAGAAACAAACGUUUGGCUCUGGCAUUACAAAUACAAAAUCCUGAUCUGUCUUGUUCUCCAGGCCCUCCGAACUAUUCAGAGUUUUUAAAAGAUGAAACCAAAAAGAAUCCUCAUUUUGUCUCUGAUGUCUACGACAAAAUAUCUGACCUUGUUCAACUUGCUAAACAGUCAAAACAGAAAUGCAGGAGUCACUCUUUCCCACCCAUGAAUCGGGAUCAGAGGAGAAUUGUUCAUGAGCUGGCAGAGUUUUUUGGUUGUGAAACACAGAGUUAUGAUGAAGAACCUAAGAAAAAUGUUGUUGUCACUGCAUUUAAAAAUAAAUGUUGGCUUCCUUUUGUGAGUGUAAUGACCAUUGUCCAAAGAGACAUGGGGAUGCGCAAAGGACCCGCGCCACUGGUGUCUCAGCGAGAUUCUAAGCCAGCCACUACCACAGUCCUUUCAGCAGCAACUCAGAAAAAGAAAAUAGACUAUUUUGAUUAUAAUGAGUAGAAAGAUGUGUAUCUUUAAAACUAUUUAAUAAAUGAAUGUAUGGUGCAUAUUCGAAUGAAUGUUCCCCAGUGCCUUUGAAAUUGUUAUAGGUAUAUAUAUAUAUAUACAUAUUCAUAUUAAAACGGAUAAAAAUAAAUCAGCUGUUUUAUAAAAGUUUUCUUCAGCAUAUGGUGAACAAUUUCCCUAUGAUUUUAAUUCAUGUUUGUUGUUGUUUAUGGCUGUUCCAAAACGUUGUGGGCAGUUCUCAAAAGGUGGGAACAAAAAAGUUAACUUUGAGCAAUUUCAAAAAUUUUCGAAUUUGAUAUCAAUUUUGCUUUUAUUCUAUAGUAUGCAUACCUAGAACACAAUAUAUGAACAUGAAAAGACAGCAGGUAUUUGUAAAAAUUGUUAAUUAGCAAAUUAAAUUAGCAGUGUGUAGGUAACAGAUUUUGGACAUUGUUGUCCUGUAGGUAACGGAUUUUGGACAUCAUCAUAGUGUAAGUUUCACCAUUUUUGACAACUGUUAAUCUGAUUUUUAACUUUUCGAAUGAAAAUUUUAUUUACUACUUUUUGAAUUUUGCAAUUUAAUGAUAAAGAGGAUAUUAAUGAAGUACUUGAAUGGCUAUACAUACUGCUCUUUACAUAUAAUAAAGUUUUGGAAUGAUUUUGAAGAAGUUGAUGAAAGGUAGAAAAAAGCUUCAUCGAAAUAAUUAUACAAACUUGUAGUUUGAUUUAUUAGGACAAAUAAGGAAUAAAAAUAGAGACAAAUAAAUACGACAUAUAUAUUUUUAAAGGAAAAAUAAACAAAAUAUGCUUUAAGAAA